AAAAAGGAUCAAGCAGAAUUACUGCAGAGAGAGAGAGACAGAGAGAGAGAGCGAGAGAGAGAGAGAGCGUGUACAGAGUCUGUACCUUUCUAGCUCAGAUGUAUAUGUGACAAUAUCUGUACAUGCAGCUUGCUAUUACUGUAGCUAGGACUGUAUAUUAUGUAAGAUGUGAAGAAACGGCACUAAUGCAAUCUAUCAAGAUGAACACUCUAUUUCUCCUCACCUUCCUCUCCAUGUGCUAUGCAGAGAUCUUUGACAAGGUUUACGAGUCUUAUAGGACCACUUACAUCCCAGAAAAUGGGCCUGGACUGUCUGUUACAACAGAACAAGCCAAAGUGGUGUCUCAUCGGGGGGGCAAUGUAACACUAACAUGCAUGUUUCAAAGGAACCCCGGACGUGUCCCCAAUCCCAAAAUGAGGAUAAAGUGGACUAAGUUAACAUCAGAUUAUCUGAAAGAGAUUGAUGUUUUUGUAGCUAUGGGUUUCCAUAAGAAGAGCUAUGGUAGAUUUCAUGGCCGUGUGCAUCUACAAGAUGCCAGUAAGAAUGAUGCAUCACUGGUCAUUAAUGAAUUAACACUGGAGGACUAUGGGAGAUACAAAUGUGAGGUGAUUGAUGGUCUGGAGGAUGGCACAGUAGUGGUAUCCCUCAAUCUGCAAGGUGUAGUUUUCCCGUAUUUUUCACCUAAUGGCAGAUAUAAAAUGAACUUCCAUGAUGCUGAGAAAACCUGUCAAGACCAGGAUGCCAUUGUGGCCUCUUUUGACCAGCUGUAUGAUGCUUGGAGAGAAGGGCUAGACUGGUGCAAUGCUGGCUGGCUUAGUGAUGGAUCAGUGCAAUACCCAAUCACCAAACCUCGAGAUCCAUGUGGAGGGAAGAACACUGUCCCUGGCAUAAGGAAUUAUGGAAUGCAAGACAAGGAAAAAAGCAGAUAUGAUGUCUUCUGUUUCACAUCAAUGUACAAAGGUCGUUUCUACUAUCUUAAGCCCUCUUUGAAGAUGACAUAUGAUGAAGCAGUUCUGGCAUGUCAAAAGGAUGGAGCUCAGAUUGCUAAGGUAGGCCAAAUGUAUGCAGCAUGGAAGCUGCUGGGCUACGAUCGCUGUGAUGUUGGCUGGCUAGCUGACGGAAGUGUGCGCUACCCCAUCUCACGUCCACGUCGCCGCUGUAGCCCCACUGAAGCUGCAGUGCGCUUCUCUGGUUUCCCGGACAAGAAACACAAACUCUAUGGUGUCUACUGUUUCAAAGGAUACAACUGAGACAAGCAAAAAAAAAAAAAAAUUAAUACACAAAGGAAGUGUAGAGGAUUCAGUAUAAGUAAAACUGUGACCUUUUUCACAUACUGUAUAAUAAAGGUGAUUAAGAAGACAUUGUGUAUUUGGUGUUGAUAGACAUGAUAAUAAAAACUCAGAAGCAUGUUUGUUCCAUAAAGCACCAAUAUAAAAAAUGUUCUAAAAAGGAUACAAAAAAUAUUUUUGUAAAACGAAAAGGUUAUUUACUCAUAUAUUAUGUAGAUAUUUACAUUUUAGGAGAGACAAGAAUUCUGCAGCAAUAUAUGAGAAAGUGUAAGUGGAUAAUGAAAUACAGAUACACAAAAUUUACUAAACCUCUCAGUCUCUCAAUUUACUCUAUAGCCUCUCAGUAGUGAUAUGACAGAAAGCUUAAAAAUACGUUUAAGAACAUUGUCAUUCAGUAGUAUUGUACUCAAAGAUAAUUGAAAUGGUGGGUAAAAUAAUUUUUUAUUGAAUGAUAAAACAUGAAAUCAGUCUAAUAUUUAGCCAUUAUUUUGACUGAUCUCAUCUAAUCUCUCUCUCUCUCUCACACAUUUUUUUCACCAUCCUUACACGGUGCUAAAAGGUUUUAUGUUUUUUUGUUUUGUUGCUGUUUUUUUAUAUAUAUAUAUA